AAAAGGAGAAAAAAAAAAAUUUUUUUUAAAAAAAAAAAAAAAAAAUGUCGAAACUAUACAGAGAUGUUCUUUAUUUAAUAACGGAAGAGUUACAAAAUGAUGAAAACGCUCUUCGUUCAUGUCUUUUAGUUAAUAAAACAUGGAGUGAAAUUAUUAUUCCAAUUUUAUGGAAAAAUCCUUGGAAAUAUUUAAAGAGUGGAAACGAAAAAUUAUUAUUAAAAGUAAUUAUCUCACAUUUAUCAGAAAAAUCAAAAGAAAAUUUAAGUAUACGUUUUAAACAUUUAAUGAAUUCAUCAUAUGAAAGACCUUUAUUUGAUUAUAUUAGUUUUUGUAAACAUUUCAAUAUAAAUGAAAUUGAAAGAAUAAUUAAAACGGUAGAUAAAAAAUCUAAAAUUAAAAUUAUUAAAGAUGAGAUAUAUAAUCUUUUUAUUAAUGAAAAUACGAAAUUUACACACCUUUAUAUACCUUAUCAAUUUGAUCGUCAAUUACAUCUUAUUCCUGGAGUCGACAAAUGUUUUUCAGAAAUUAGAUUUCUUAGUUGUAAUGCUAAAAUAAAUUUAAAUGUUUUACCUGGAUUAAUUGAAGUAUUUAAAUCAAUUAGAGAAUUGGAACUUUCUAUUGGAGCAAGUAAUAACAAAUAUGAGAUUAUUAGAUUAAUUAAAACAUCAAAGAAUUUAGUAAAAAUUCGUUUAUUAAAUGAGUAUUAUUCUGAAAGAUCGUAUUGUAAGAAUCUUGAACAGACAUUGGCUAAUCAUGCGGAUAAUAUCUUAUAUCUUAAGUUGACAAAACAACCUAUCACAAAUUUUGUUUUUUCUUUUGUAAAUUUAAAAGUAUUAGUAUUGAAUGAUAGUUACCAUCGUUAUACGAAUUGGAAUGUUUUAAAAGAUUUAUCUUUACCUCACUUGCAAAUAUUAAAAACUAGUGGUAUUCAGCACGGAAUUUUAAUGAAUAUAAUUAAGAAUUCAGGUGGGAAUCUUAUUGAACUAAAAAUUGAUGACUUUUAUCCUUAUGAUUGCGAUAUUGGGAUAAUUAUGCAUACUAUUUCUCAAAGUUGUCCAAAUUUAAAAUAUCUAAAAUUCCCUAGAUAUGUAGAUUUUUUACAUUUGGAAAAACUAUUAAUUAAUUGUAAGGAUUUAAUGGGAUUAUAUUUUAAUUUUGAUAAUAGUUAUUUGAACACAUAUGUUCAUUGGGAUAAUUUUUUUGAAACAUUGGCAAAAUCAUCUCCGAUUAAUUUGUUUAGAUUUAAAUUUCAACUUUAUGAGGCUCCUGAAUUGAAAUCUUUAAAAUUAUUUUUUGAUAAUUGGAAAGGUAGACAUCCCAUGUUAUUACAAAUUAUACAAGAUAAAGAUAAUUUAAAUUUUCAUGCGAUUAAUACAAUGAGACGUUAUUACGAUUUAAUAGAAAAAAGUAAAGCAGAAGGAAUAGUUAAAAAAUAUGACGAUAAUUUGAAUGGAAUUACUUUUAAAGAUUUUGAAUGGAUCCAAAGUAAAUAAUUUUUAUAUUAUAUUAUAUUUAUGUAAUAAAUUUCAUUCAGUUAGUACAACAUAGUUAUAGCAACAAUUUCUGUUUGUAUAUUUAAUUAAAAUCACGAAAUUUGUUCGUUCUUUCAAA